UCAGGCAUCUAGCAAGGCAGCUCGUGACGUCAUUCUGUGCGCCGCUUUCUGGAGGCCCCCGCCGCUGCUUGUCCGGGGAAGGACAUAGACAUGUUUGCUAGAGCAGCUAGCCGAGGCUUGUGCUUGAGGGGGAGAGUGGUGACAAUCACUAAGGCCCAACUUCAUGCCAGUUCCAGGAACGCUCUACUGUAUGGAUUUUGGGCCUAUGUCUUUGGGGAGAGGGCCACCAAACGGUUUGGACCAUAUAGUAAGAUUUUCACUGUGGAUGGAAACCUGGCAUCUGGCAAGGGAAAAUUGGCACAGCAACUAGCAGAUAGAUUGGGGUUGAAAUAUUUCCCAGAACCAGAUGAACAUUAUCUAGACAAGAUUACAGGCGAUGGGCAGAUUCUUCCUCCUAAGUUUAAUGGAUACUGCAGCCUGGAAAAAUUCUAUGAUGACCCGAAAUCCCAUGAUGGGAACUCCUACCGCCUGCAGUUGUGGCUGUAUAGCAUGCGCUUCUUGCAGUAUUCGUAUGCCCUUGAACAUCUCCUAAGUACAGGGCAGGGAGUGGUGAUGGAGCGUUCUCCUUUCAGUGACUUUGUAUUCCUGGAAGCCAUGUAUAAGAAUGGUUACAUCCGCAAACAAUGUGUUGAUCAUUAUAAUGAGAUUAAGGGUGUGAGCAUAGACCAGUAUCUGCCUCCUCAUCUUUCUAUUUAUGUGGAUGUUCCAGCUGUUGAUGUCCACAAGAAAAUUCUGGAGAGAGGAAAUGCCUCUGAAAAGAAAGUAUCUCUCAGCUACUUGCAGAGUAUUGAAGAUGUAUAUAAGGCCUCCUUCCUUCCACAGAUCAGUGAGACUUCUGAGGUUUUGCAGUACUCGGCAAAUGAAGCCAAUGAGGUGGAAAAGGUUAUUGAGGACAUUGAGUACCUAAAGUUUGAGAAGGGCCCUUGGACAGAACAGGAUGAUAUCAGCUUUCACCAUAUGCGUAUGCUGGUGGAGGAUAAAGACCGUAUUAUCAGCCUGUUGACUAUUCCCAUAUACCUUCCAGAGGUUACCAUUGGAGGCUCAGAGUAUGAUUCUGCAUACUACCAGUACAGAUCGUUACCAGGAAGGAAGUAUGCAAAAGGUUACAAUGAAGAUAUUGGUGACAAAAUGAUUUGGCUUAAGUAAAAAAGAGUGAUCAAGCAUUGAAAUAUACAGUUUUGUGGAACUGUACAACGUUGCCUUCAUCCAACGUCUUUUUGUUAGAAAAUGGUUACCAACCCUGAAUAAAUUGUAUUAUAAAUAAAAUGUAUUUAAACUA